GGGGUUUGAACCCUUAAGCACCUCUUCUCCUCCAAAACCAAAACCCUUCUCUCUCCUCUCUCUCGCAGCUCUCUCUCUCUCUCUCUCUGUGUAACCAAACAGCAGCUUUUCUCUCUAAAACCGAAACAGUCGAAAAGCCAUGGACCUCAACAAAGCACCUGAACCGUUGAAGAUCCUCUGCAGCUAUGGUGGUAAAAUCCUCCCCCGCCACUCCGACGGCACGCUCCGAUACGUCGGCGGCCACAACCGCGUCCUCGCCGUCGAUUCCUCCAUUACAUGUACAGAGCUAAUGGAGAAGCUUAAGGAGUUCUGUGGCUACUCUGUGGAAUUGAAGUGUCCAUUGCCGAACGGAGAUUUGGAGACCUUGAUUGCCGUAAAGUCCGACGAGGAUUUGACGAAUAUCAUCGAAGAGUACGAUCGAGCUUCUUCUCUGCCUCGUCCUCUGAAGAUCAGAGCCAUUCUCGCGCCGCCGAAGUCCCCGAAGCAAAUCUCGCCUCCGAUGUCCACUGCUACGAGCGGCGGCGACUCGUCCCCCUCGAAAUCGCUCUUCUCAUCCACCGAUUCGCCUCCGAAACGUUUCGUUUCGCCACCAAGACGGUACGUUUCGCCUCAAGUCUCGCCGCCGGCUGGACACCGCGCCGGAUAUCAGAGAGGGUCCGGACGAGUCUGCUACUAUCCUUGCCAUGUCCACACUCAGAGGAGCAAGCCCUGCGACAUGUCGUAUGUUCAUCAUUAUCAGCAGUAUCGUCACUACCACCACCACCAACACGUUCCUCACUGCGACAUGUCGUAUGCUCGGAGCUUCCCACAGAGAACCUAGAUGACGUAAUUAAUCUAAAAUACAUUUUAGAAUACAAAUUACAAGGGGUGAUUGGGUUUGUCGAAAGAAGGAAUUUUAAUUUUCUUUAUUUUUUUUAUUUUAAUUUUUAUUUUUUAUACAUUUUUCGAGGUGGUUUGGUAUAUAAUGACAAGAAAAAUACAGUUGUACUUGAAUUCGUUGGGCCAAUCGUUUGGAUUCCGUUUGUCGCCGUUAAGUCAGCGCUGUCUUGUCAGCAGCAUCCCUCCGUGCGUGCCACGUAGCGCUCACAGUUUGUUCAGAACAAGGUAGUCCAAUUAAAGUCGGUCCGCCGUUGACACGUAACGUUUCUGUUACAACUAUUUUGUUGAUAAUAUAUUAAUAUUUGAUUUGCUGUGCUAAUUAUUGUUUAUCUCUUUAAUGUGCAGGUGGUUGUGGCGUUUCACAUGGAACCAGAUGUCGUUUUGGCUGCGGGCCCGUGAGGAAUAUUCCCAAAACGCAUGCGCGCUGAAAUUAAGGGGAAUUGGAAUGAAAAUUAAGAGUCAUAAUACGGCCUUAAAAUGAAAUUAAAUAAGUAAUGAUAAUUAGGAGAUGAACCUUCUUAGCUGUUGCCAGGAAAGCUAAAACGAAUAUAUCUUUAUUCAAACUUGGCUUGAGGGCUGGCCAGUCGGUCCUCAAGUAGGAGGAAUGACUUUUAAAAGGGACAACUUGCCUUGAGGGCUGGCCAGUUGGUCCUCCUAAGUAGGAGGAAUGGCUUUUAAAAGCGACAACUUGCCUUGAGGGCUGCUUCACAUUCAAGUGUCCCAAAAAUUGGAACUUUGUGAGUUGGAGUAACCUUUGGAGGGCUUCCAGAGCCUAAUAUCAUAUAAGCGUUACGCCAGAGUACGGUAAAAUAUUGACUUAACAAGUAAUUUCAGGAAAUUGAUAACUAAGAACAAAUUCUCGCUAAAGAUGAAUUUGAACUAUAUUACUGCUAGCCAGGCUAAUCCCAACAUCUUCACUUAGUGUAGAUAAUAUCGUUUGCUCAAAAAAAAAAAACUAAAGAACAAACAAUGUUUUUGGGUUGUUUUACAGCAAUCUAAAUUAUCUAAUUUUUAAGUCUCCAUUCAUAUAUUAUCCUUGUUAAAUGAUCAAUUCAAUGCAGACAAUUCACGCAUUUAAUUCAUGUCAUGAAAUUUUAGCGUUUAAAAACGUUGUGUUGGUCAACUUAUUUUGUUAAAUUAAUGUCUCAAUCACCUUUGACUUGGCCAAAAUUUUGCACAAAUAACCUAUGAAUUGAAACUUAGUGUUGAUCGCUUAAAUAUAGAGUUGGCCAACAAAGGGUUCUCAUCUACCUUAUCGGCUUCGUCAAAAUAAACACUAAAAUAAAAAGUUUGUUUUGAACAAUAUUAACACUUGUGUGAUUAUAUAAAUCUUAAGUAAAAAUAAAUUAAAAAUUCUUCGAGGUCUAUAAGAUCUUUUCUAUUAAUUUUUGUAUUAUUUAGAGAACAAGUUACUCUCUUUCCUGUCCUCCAUUAUUCUCUAUGCCGCUACCUUCACAACGAAGUUGAUAUUUAAUAAGAUAAUAUUGUUAUCACGGAA